UUGGUUGGAAUGCCAAUCCAACAUUUCCCAGGCUGUACCUCCCACAUGGGGUGACCAAAGGCUUAGUGUGAGCCUGAUUACUUCUGUAGCUGUUGGGUACAAGAUGUUAGCAGAGACGAACACGUAAACAAAUGCAUGGACAUAGACUUGCUUCUGUAUCAGUUCCAGAGAAGAUGGUGGCCACUGUGCACACCUUUCUCACCUCAAGUAAACAUGUUCAACCUGAUGAGCAACUGCUGCACCUGGGUCUCAAAAAUACAGGAGCCGAUCAGGAAAGUGACCAUUCUGGUGGUUGGACUUGACAAAGCAGGAAAAACAUCCUCCAUCAGAGGGAUGUUAAGGGUCCCCUAUGGUGUGGAAGCAGGACCCACCCAGGGCUGCAUUCGAAAUGAGCUGAGAGUGGAGAACUACCUGGUCACCUUGCUGGAUGUGGGAGGAUCAGCAGAGGCAAGAGAAGCCUGGAGGGAGCUCUACGGAGAAGCCCAUGGCAUCAUCUUCGUGGUGGACUCUUGGGACAGACAGCGGAUGAAGGAGGUCAAGGAGGUUCUUGCUGACCUACUGAAGCAGCCGAGAGUGUCAGGAAAGCCCAUAUUAGUGUUGGCUAACAAACAGGACAAAAUGAACGCCUUGCUGGGAAGUGAGCUGAUUGAAAUUCUCUCACUGGAGAAGCUGGUCAACCAGAGCCGCUCUCUUUGCCAUAUUGAGCCUUGUUCAGCCUUAAUGGACCUGCGACGCUGGUCGGACAGGAAGACUCUACGAGGCCUUCGCUGGUUGCUGCGAGCUGUUUGUCUCAAUUACCCCGAGCUGUGUACCCGUGUGGCCCAGGACAGCAGAAGGCCUCUGGAACCAAGAGACAAGGAAAAGAGCUGGAAAACAGAGAAAGUACGAAGAAAAACCAAAGGAGAACGAAUGCGAUCGAGCAAGUCAGAUCUUCGCCAAGUUCAUAGACCAAAAGACAAGGAGAAAAAAACCAAGGGUGAAGGAAAGCUGCAACCCAUUCGAAACAUGCUGCAAAAGGAAACAACUUUGAAAAAAAAGCUGAAGACAAAAAAGAAGAAGAAGUCGGUUAAGGCCAAGGAGGGUGAGAAGGAUCGAGAAGAAGCAAACGUUCAGGAGGAGGAAGAAGAGGAGGUUGAUGGUAAUGAAGGAGAGCAAGAAAACUCUGGUCACAGAGAGAAAGCCAGCAGUGCCCUGAUCCCUCCGAAAAAAGGCAAACCGAAACGCAAAGCAAAGGUUAAAGAAGAGACGCUGAAUGAGCCAGAAUCGCCCGACAAUGAUGAGAAGGCAUUCAAAGUUAAAGGGGAAAAGAGGAAGAAGAAGAAAGUCAUCAAAGUAAAAAGGAAGAACAAGAUCAACACAGAGGAGAUGCCUGGAGCUUACGCUCAACCAGUGGACCUGUCCGCAACCUUUGAUCUUUAUCGAAAAGCAAUACUGGCUCUGAAGGAACGUCAAGAUCAGGGACAGUGAGAGUGAAUCCUGGUUGUGUUCUGUACCUGAGUGAAGGAUUUGUUCCACAGCAGUGGUACAUGGUCACACAACAUCACUUCACAGACUCACACUCUUUUUUUUUCUAAAAACUGUUGUGUCUUUAUCACUUUCUGUAGAUGAUCACUUCAGACCUGAUCGCUGAACCUUUGGAGUGAAAACUCCAAUGUGUAGUGAAGGGCAGGUCUGCAUAAUGAUGUAAUGGUAGAAACAUUAAUGAUAUAUAACUAAAUAGACAACUAAAUUGUUAUAUAUACUGUGCAUCUAAAAAGCUUUUUGUGGACCUGGCCAAAAUGUUAAAGGUUUUGUUUGUAAAAAUCUAUGCGAUUUUGACUGUGGGGGAGACUUUUUAAAGUGUAUCCCUUUUUUUUUAACGAUCAACACUUUUUAGCGAUAAACAGUGCACCGGGCGCAGUAUGGAAUAUUGUUGAAGAAAUGAACAAACCUAUAAAAUUGUACAAUAAACAUGUUGUCACUCCUUGCAAGGCAUGGGUUAUGUGUUUACACUGCAGCAGUAACAAAAUAUUUGUGCUGUUUUGACCAACUUCUGCAAGACACUGUUCAUUUCCUGUAUCUGGAGAAACUCUAUUUACCAGAUGGUACCACAGAUACGAGUCUUUGUGCUACCGCUUUGUGGCAGUUGUUCAGUUUUAUCAAAACUGAUUGUACUGUCUUGUCUA